AUGAAAUCUUUCUUUCUUCUCUCUACCAUCCUUGCCACCGCCCUUCUUGCUGUUACCGGCUUUGCCCCAGUUGCAAACACUGUCCAAACGACGACAAGAACCAACAAUGUCUUUUUGAACAUGGCAGUCUUCGAAGAGAAGGAAAGAGAUGCUCUUACCCGUGACUCUGAACCCGAGGACUUUUUCCAAACAAACACUGACAAAAUGUCCGACGAGGAAAAGCUCCCAAUUGCCUUGAUGGGAUUGGCCGGAAUCUCCCUACCUUUCCUCCUUGGUUUGAUCGCUCUUUACAGCGCCAAGUAA